CCGAAUCUAGCCAUCCUAUGGGAACAGCUCCGUUUCUUUACCACUCGCGCUCGCCCUUUCGCGUGUGCCUCAUUUGUAAGCGGGCGUAUGGUCCCGGGGGUCUUGCAUAGGUUCGAUCCCCCCUGUCUUUGAUACAUAUUAAGGUUCAGUCACGGCCUUUACCGUUCCCACGAUGUCAUGGCGAUGCUUAUCUCUAAGUAAAAUGAGAUUGUCACCCGCGGUUCCCAAGAGAAUCUCAAAACAAGUCACAUAUCUCAGAACCCCCAUCUUCCCAUACAACCAGGCCAGAGCUAUCAACAUGGCGACAGCAUACAAGGUCAAAGUUCCGGCGACGAACACGGGAUUGUGGAAAUUUGAGCAGAAAGAUGCUACCGCAAGUAAGGUGUCUGAGUUGCUCCAAGAGGAUCUCGAGAAACAUCAUGUCUUCUUCAACCAAGAAGGCUUCCACAACCACAUCCCCCACCAAGUCCUAGCCCUCUUCGGCACCGGCGCUGGCCCGGACGCCAUCCAGAUGGCUUACAAGGAAAACGCAAACUACCAGCGCCCAGCCCAGACCCCGCGCGACUCCGUCGCAGAUGAGCUGCACGACUGGGACCGCGCCAAAGGGUACCUCGGUAAGGAGAAGCACUACCCAGACUUCCUCCUCUUCUUCCAGCGCGAGAUCGAGAGGCUCGGGGGCUGGGAGACGGCGCUGAACGAGCACCUCUUCAAGGGCGACGAGCGCGCCGACGACAUGUUCCAGCGCAUGUUCUCCGGCUUCUUGCACCCCAUCAUCCAGCUCAUGUACGGCGUCGAGUGGGAGCAGCCCGCCAUCGUCGCCGAGGGGCUGGCGCAGGCUGCGGUACACAACAACCAGCUCAAGGACUUUUUCAAUGAGACGGAGAAGCGUGCGGCGGCGGCUGGUGGUCCGAUGCCGCUGAUUUCGGAUCUUGUUGACGAGAUUCGUCGGGACCAGAAGCUUGCUAAAGCUGCUGAGAUGAAGGAUGCGAACAAGAUCUUUGACGGGGUCCUGAAGCGAGCGCCGGAGGAGAUGCUGCGGAUCGCGAGUAAGGUCAAGGUUCGUCCCGAGGAGUUGGAUGAGAGGACGGCCGAGAUGUUUCAUAAUGCAUUUCAUGUUGCUGGCGGCGCGGCUCUUCGGCCGGGUAAGGAGCCAAAGUGGGAUUUCUUCUUGAUACACCACACGAACGCGGCGCCCAUCUUCCUCAGCUUCAACUCCAAGCCGUGGAUAUCGACGGAAAACAAGGUGCGCAUGCUGGAGUACAAGAUUCGGAUGGACCUGGUGCAGUACGCGGCGCGCGGAUGUCCGCCGCUCCGUCUGGAGGAUGUCAAGUCGUAUAGGCCAAAGGACAAGGAUGAGGGCAAGAGCUUGGUCUCCAAGCCGACUGAUCUCCUUCCAAGAUUUCAUGAGAUUGUAGAUGACGGCCAUACCAUCAAGGUGGUCAGGGCCAUUGGGAUUUGCCAGGAACUUUCAUCAAAGUACGGCGACAAACCUUGGAUCAAGAUCAAAGAUGACCAGUGGCUCAACCUCACCUACAUGUUGUUGGACAGUACAGAGCAUGAUGAGACGAGAUGGGUUCGCUCAGCGGGCUUUGAAGAGGCGUGGAAGGAUGUUCCUGCUCGCGAUUGACUAGCCGACGGCGGUAGGAAGGCAUCGAGGCUCUAGAAGGAUAAAAUGGCGAUGACAAGAGUGCAACAGUAGCAAAAAUUAUGGCAGCUUGACAAAACGGGGGGUAUACAUUUGUAAUAACAUCUAUGAUUUUAUUCUAGCCC